AUGGCGGAUCCAAUCAGCGCAGCAUCGGGGAUUAUCACGCUAGUUACCUUCGGUGUUAAGUCGAGCUCUACGCUGUAUCAGACCUUCAAAGAAUUCAACAAUCAUCACAAACAUGUGAGGGAACUGAAAGCAGAAUUAGACGCGCUGAGUUUAGUGUUAGCGUCUUUACACCAGGUUAUCCUAGAUAAUGAGGCAGACUUCACACUUCUAAGACUUCCUCUCUUCAGAUGUGGAAGUGCUUGUCUAGAGUUCAAUAUGGUCGUCAAGGAUGCCACUAAGCAAUCUCAUAGUUCUCUAGCAAGUUUUCGAGAUUGGGCAAAACUGAAAUAUCUGGGCGACGACAUCGAAGGGUUCAAAGCCCUACUGGCAGGAUACAAGUCUACAAUCACCAUCGCUCUCUGUGAUGCGAACUUGCGAAAAGCUACGAUCACAGCCAAAGCACUGGACGAAUAUCAAGAGCUGAUACAAAAUACCGUGUCAGAUCUCGAAGAUAACCUACAAAGGAUCAACGACAAGCUACAAACUCUUGUUGCUGGUAGUUCAAGCUCUUGUGAGACGAACUUGGACCAACAAGAGAUCCAGCUCGAGCGUGAUAGCAUACAGAGAUGUCUUGAUAUAUGCGCCGAAAUGUCAUCGCAUAUUGAAAAAGGGCAGUCCACUGUGUCUCAAAGCAUGCUCACAUUUGCAGAAGAGUAUGGCAGUCGGAUCGACAUUAACAGCUCUGUCAAUUCAGCCCAACGAGCCACAAUCACCGUCCUGGAUGAUUGUAAGGAGAGGCUUACCUAUACGUCGUCGCAGCUUAGGGUGCAUCUUAUGGAUGUUCUUCGCCGUUUAGACGCUUUCCAGGGGCAGACCUUUGUCCAUCCAGACUCCAACGAACAAAACAAGUUGCGAGAAGAAAUAAACAGCAUCAAACGGAGCUUAGCAGUUUGUGCUAAGGCUUCUGAAGACGCAUCCACAGAGCGAGUUGACAUGUUCGAUGAAGUGCCACCUAGAGAAGAUAGUCUCCAAGUUAUCGUGCCAACAGUUAGGAAUUUGAUGAAUUCCCGACGAGUUUCGGCCGAUUCAAGGUCUCAACUGCAGUCGAAGACUAUUAUACACGACCCGGUACUUUCUUUAAGUUUGCCAUUGCUCGUGGACAAAAUUUUGCGAAAAUUGAAUUUCCCAGUCCUGGUGCCCGUAGUGGGUGAAGGAAGAACUCGUGUCUAUUGGACAUCAGUAUGCUACAAUGUACUGUUCCUUGAACGACAUACUGAUAUAUAUACUAGAGUGGCAAGUGCAUGUUCGAUGACUAUGUUGAGCUAG